AUGUCGCCCCAGAUGAAGUCCCAAGAAGCAUCAGCGUAUGAAGCACCCGCAUCACCGCGCCUCUUCUGGCAGGGCCGUGAGUCGGGCUCUCCCUUCCCCAAGAGCUCGGAGAACCAGAGUCCUUAUGACCCCGACGCCUCGUUUUCUCCAUCCAAGCGUCCCUCCCUCGAGAAUCUCAAGCGCGCCUCGAGGGUCAAGAACAGCAACAUGUUCCGCGAUUACAACCAGGAGUACGAUCCGACCAAUGUCUAUGUUCCACAGAGGCCCUUGGCCACAAGUCGCUCGCCACAGAAGCAGGCCUCAAAUGCGCCCCCUGCGCGACAGGCAGAGUCCCACGACAGUAACCCGAGCGGGCCCCGCCCCCCUUCUCCGAGCAAGGACCAAGUCCCUCCGGCGAAGUCCUCCCUGUCCCGAGCUAGUCGCUUCGGGUUCAAGGAUUCAUUUGACCCCGAGAGUGAGAUUUGGUCCGACAUUGAUGGAAGUCGCCAUGCCAAAAGUGUAACUUUCGACGCCGCUCAGCCCCAGGUGCACGAGUACGAAAUGACCACGCCUGAUCCGUCCUCCAUCGCUUCUGGCUCCCGUGAAGGCAGCUAUGAUUCAGAAGAGGAUGAAGGGGAUAUCAGUUUCGAUCGCGAAUCUUCCCUCGACCGUGAUGACAGUUUCGAUGCCUCCUUGGAAGAUCUCGAGAAGACCCCCGUUGUCCUGCCCGAAGACUGGCGAUACAUGAGUCCCGCCAGCGCCAACGACGAUUUGGUGAAAGAUGAAGAAGAUCCUUUCACGGAAGACGAUGAAAGUCACAGCCCCGAUCCGCGGCCAUCCACCCACCAAGGUCCGCCUGUCCAGCAUGCUCGCGUCGAGUCGCUGGAUUCCAAUGGCGAACGCCGCCCCUUGCCCCCGCUCCCUCCAACCAAUCGCCCGUCUUUAAGCCAGCGCGGCUCAUCCCCACAAAAGCUGUCUGCAGCCUUUGAGCUGGCAAGUGGAGGUCAGCGAGUGCUGCCGUCUCCUCCAGGCCCCGCCACGUACAGCAAGUCGGACAUUACUGAACGUGCUCGUGCAUCCAUGUCUUUGGAAGACAGGCUACGUCUAAUGAUGAUCCAGGAAAACGAACGGAAGAGCAAAGACUCAGACCAUGCGGAUCACCAGGCGCCCAAACCAGACACAGAACCUGAACACGACCUAAUCAGCGACUUUGAGGACGACGAGAAGAGUUCAAACCCAGGAGAAGCUGCAGAAGAUCACGAUGAAGAGGCUACGGAGGUAUUCUCUCCUCCGCGUAUCUCCCGGGAUUCCAUUCUCCGAGACAUUCGUAAAAGUGAGAGCUAUGUCGACGACUCUUUCGAGGAGGAUUCGCAGCUUGAAUCAAGCCCCCACCACUAUAUGCAUUACGACCCUGACGUCCCCAUCCCAUCCCUGGAGGACGAUGAUGACGAAUACCACGAUGACGACGAUGAUGACCAAAGCAGCGUGGUAAUCAAGCCCGAAGAACACGAUGACGAUCUUUAUGACAUCCCGGACUAUUAUGAAACCAUUCAGUCUCAAACUUCUUCCUCAAAAAGCCUCAAAGACCAUUUGGCCGCCAACGAUGAGGGCGAUCAGCCCAGCUUACCUCAAGAAGACGAAGCCAAGGCGCCUCAGAGCGGGUCGCAAGAGUCCGAAGACAGGCAAUCCACACCUGUUCCUCAAGUGCGAGAGGACCCUGUUGCCGAACAACCGGAAGCAGAACCAGAAGCAGAACUGCAACCCAAAGAACUGUCGGCUCCCAAGAUGGCAGCUAUGAGGGAAGCGCUGCAGAGACCCUCGACACCGGAUAACCAGGACCAAAUAUCAGAACCUUCGACUCCUGAGUCCGUUAUACGACACCCCGUUGAGGAGGAGUUUAGCGACGACGAGGUUUCCGUUGAUGAGAGUGUCCCAGAUCCUGUUGCCACCAUCAAGGCCCCUGGAACUGGUCUGAAGACCCGUCCAUCCCUGACCCCUGCGGACGUUGAACAAAUGGCUGCAACGCGCCGCAAGGUUAGCGGACAACCACCCCCUCCUAUGCCUCAGCUUACCAAGCAGCACUCCAACGAGUCGCAAGCCUCUGCACCGNAGGAGGAGCAGGAGGAGGAUACCCCANCCGAGCCCACCAAGGAGCCGAGUCGCAGACAACCCAGUCUCAUGAAACUGGAUAUCCCAUUCAGCAUCCAAGAAGAGGAAAGCCUCGGAUUCGGCUUGGAUAAGGAGUUCGAUCGAGUAAUCGAGUCGCAAAAGGUGCAGUUUGAACAAUCCCUGUCCCAACUCAGAAGCACUGCGUUUAUCCCUCGUUCCCAAGAGGGCCCACAACAAGGACCAGAAGCCCAUCGCUUGAAACCUAGAGCAUCAACUGACCAGCAUGUCUUGAAACAGAGAGGUUACCUUAUGCGACAUAACACGAAGGUUAUCAUCGCUAGUAGCCGCAACGAGGAUGAAGCGGCCACUGGAGGUGACACUCCUGCAGCGGCCCGGGCCGCACCAACGGCGCGCAAGCCUAGUCAGCAAACGUGGACAACGGUGCCGUGGAACGGACAGACUCGCCGGGCGAGUAUGAGGACAUCCAGCGGCAUGGUCCGGAAGAAGCCCGUGAGCGGACCCGUCCCACCACUUCCAGGCCAGCCGAGUAGCGUUCAAGAGCCCCCCGCGACCAUUGAGGAGACCGAACCUGCGUUGAAUGGUGCUCUGGAGGAGGGCGAAGAACGUGGUCGCCUCUUUGUCAAGGUAGUCGGAAUGAAAUAUCUCGAUCUACCGCUGCCACGGGGUGAGAGAUCGUACUUUGCCCUAACGUUGGACAAUGGACUCCAUUGUGUUACCACUGCCUGGCUGGAACUGGGCAAGACCGCUCCCAUCGGCCAGGAGUUUGAGCUCAUCGUGCAGAAUGAUCUCGAGUUCCAACUGACACUCCAGAUGAAGGUGGACGAGGAGAAGUUCCGUGUUCAAGAGCCUGCUCCGCCAGUGUCACCUACCAAGCAGAAAGCCUCCACCUUCAGUCGGGUAUUUGCUUCCCCCCGGAAGCGCAAGGAGCUUGAUAUGAAGCAACAGCUGGCGUCGCAACAAAACAAGACUCGUGACGUCAACGCUCCCGUAUGGGACAGGCUGAGAACUCUCAUUGCUCGCGAUGGAAGCUUCGCGCGCGCCUACGUGUCCCUCAGCGACCAUGAGAAGCACGCCUUUGGCCGGCCUUACACAGUGGACGUGGCAUGCUUCAACGAGUGGGCUGUUGAAGAGCAGCCCAGCAGCGUAAAGAGCAAGAAGAGUACCAACAGUACCACUUCUCAGAGACGGCCUCCCUACAAGAUUGGAAAGCUCGAGUUGCAGCUUCUAUUUGUGCCGAAGCCCAAGGGCGCCAAGGACGACGACAUGCCCAAGAGCAUGAACGCAUGCAUCCGGGAGAUGCGUGAAGCCGAAAGUGUAUCCUCCCGCAGUUGGGAAGGGUUCCUUUCUCAGCAGGGUGGUGAUUGCCCAUUCUGGCGUCGUCGCUUCUUCAAGCUCCAAGGGUCCAAGCUGACUGCAUACCACGAGACCACGCGCCAACCUCGCGCAACGAUCAACUUGUCUAAAGCAGUCAAGCUUAUCGAUGACCGGUCUUCUCUGGUCCAGAAGGAGACUACAACGCGAGGCGGUGGCCGUCGCAAGUCAGCCUUUGCCGAAGAAGAGGAAGGCUACAUGUUUGUCGAAGAGGGAUUCCGCAUCCGCUUUGGUAACGGCGAAGUGAUUGAUUUCUACGCCGACAGUGCGGCCGACAAAGAUGGAUGGAUGAAGGUGCUGGCGGACGCCGUUGGCAAGGGAUCUUCUGGAAGCAGCCAAGUCAAGGCCUGGACAGAGAUGGUUCUCAAGCGGGAGCGAAGCAUGAAGGCGAAGCGGCCCAGCACCGUAGCCCCUCCGCCACCCGCCAAAGACAGUGCCAUCCCUGUUCCAACGACCCCAUCGGCGCGGGCGCCACCCGUGGGUCGUCCUGGCCACAAGCACACUCAGUCACAGCCAGAAGUUCGCGGUCUGGAUGCUCGCCGGCAGAAGACGCGGUCCCUGAUGUUCUAG